AGACCCGAUAUCCUUGCGCCUAUCCUUCACAAUCGCGUAGCGUCCCAUGAUGCUGUUGAGCCAGGAUAUAUCUUCUUCUCCGUUUGGGGUGGUGUCGGUCAAUGGGCGCCGUACAUAUACGACAGCGAUCUGAACCUCGUGUGGUCAGGCUAUGACCCAGCCUUCUCCGCGCUCGGCCACUACAACUUCCAAGCCCACCACUAUGCCAACGGAACCCAACUCCUCUCCGUCUUCCGCGGCAUGUCCGUGGGAGGUCGUGGCCGCGGCUCUGUCCUUCUCCUCGACGACUCCUACACCAUAACACACAACAUCAGAUCCAGCAGUCCAGCCUUUGCGCUAGAUUUCCACGAAGUCUCCAUCCGAGCAGAAAGUAACACGGCCAUUAUUACCGCAUACCCAACUCGGCGAAUGGAUCUUUCGUUGUUCGAUGUCACCGAAAGUAUGGGCUGGGUGCUGGACUCGUUGUUCCAGGAGAUCGACCUGGACUCCGGCUCUGUGGUCUUCGAAUGGACAGCCUCGGACCACAUCCCGCUGGAGGAAACGACGAUCAGUCCGGCGUUGAAGCAUGGUGGCGGUCUGUCGAGUCACUUUCCCUUUGACUAUUGCCACGUCAACAGCGUCGACAAGUUUGCCAACGGCGACUACUUGAUCUCAUCCCGGCAUACCAACACCAUCUACCGCAUUUCGCACGUCGAUGGGUCGAUCCUCUGGCGACUGAACGGAGACAAUUCUUCCACCGCAGAGACGUACAUCCCGCUGCAGGAUUACAACUUCGCUGCACAGCACGAUGCCCGGGUGCGCAGGGAGUCCGCUAAUGGCAAUGAGAUCGAGCUCACUCUGGUCGACAAUGCCGAUAACGGUCAGUAUUACACGCAAGACUAUUCGUCGGCGCUGCGCGUGGCGAUCUCGUUUGCUUCUGGAAGAGCGACCAGCCGUCUACUUCAGACAUGGCUCCCAUUCGAGGACGGCCAAGCCGAACACCAAGGCACCGUACAAUAUGACAUGCCCGUCACGGGGAAUACCCUCGUGAGCUGGGGCGAAAUUGCUGAAUUCAGCGAGUUUUCGCCCUCCGGAAAGAGAGUGUUAGACGUGGCGUUCGCGGACGAACUUUUGCAUGUGUAUCGGGUGAUGAAAGCUUCCUGGAUCGGUCGGCCGAAGACGAAGCCGGACUUGUACAUGUAUGCGAGAAGCCGGGAUGAAAAGACGCAGUUCUACAUGAGCUGGAAUGGAGCCACAGAAGUGAAGGAGUGGAGGUGUUUUGCCAUCGAAGGCGACGUACGCGCGAAUCUAGGCGUGGUCAAAAGAGAAGGAUUCGAGACGCAUUUCGAAUGGGAUGGCGAAGUCGAUCGUGGUAUGGUCGAAGCUCUGGAUGGAGACGGGCAUGUGCUUGGGACUUCG